CAUCGCUCGUUAUACGAGAAACCAGCAGAGAAGCCAUUCUGCUUCUGGGAGGAGAACCUAAUCACAACCUGAGCUGUGCCUGUAUCGGAAACAAACCCAUAAGAAGUUGUCUUAGCGGAGAAGAGAACGUACUGCUUCACGAGGACAGGAAUUGUGGUACUAAUUACCUAUUCUAUUGCGCGCCAGCCAGAAAAUACUCUUUUUAACGUCGGGUACUGUGUUCAACAGAAAGUGUUGCUGAAGGUUUUCUUUUCUUAUUUUUGUUUUUUUUUACGACAAGUAUUAUUCGCCUUAUAGCUCAAGUUUUUUGGGUUUGUUUUUGUUUUUGUGUGCGUAAUGAUGGCUACUUACCAAAACCCUGAAGAUGACGCAAUGGCCUUGAUGGUCCACGACACUAACACGGCUAAGGACAAGGGGAUAUCCAAAGACGAGCCGAACCAGGAGAAGAGUUCGGAGAAGUCGGAUCCGUCUCAGAAACCACCCUACUCCUACGUCGCCUUAAUUGCUAUGGCGAUUCGGGAAAGCUCCGAGAAAAGACUAACGCUGUCCGGUAUCUACCAGUACAUAAUCACAAAGUUCCCUUUCUACGAAAAGAACAAGAAAGGGUGGCAAAACAGCAUACGCCACAAUCUUAGCCUCAACGAGUGUUUCAUUAAGGUACCACGGGAGGGCGGGGGCGAAAGAAAGGGAAACUACUGGACCUUGGACCCGGCGUGCGAAGACAUGUUCGAGAAGGGAAACUACCGAAGGAGGCGGAGAAUGAAGCGGCCUUUCAGACCCCCACCAACCCACUUUCAGCCAGGAAAAUCUCUUUUCGGUGGGGAUGGAUACGGCUAUCUUACCCCUCCAAAGUAUCUGCAGUCCAGCUUCAUGAACAACUCUUGGUCGCUCAGCCAGCCACCCACUCCUAUGCCCUAUACAUCUUGCCAGAUGGCAAGUGGAAACGUGAGUCCCGUCAACGUCAAAGGACUGUCGGCUCCAUCAUCUUACAACCCGUAUUCCCGAGUACAGAGCAUGGCUCUGCCCAGUAUGGUGAACUCAUACAACGGUAUGAGCCAUCACCAUCACCCGCAUGCUCACCACCCCCAGCAGCUGAGCCCGGCUACAGCGGCGCCUUCCCCUGUCCCUUCCAGUAACGGAGCGGGGCUUCAGUUCGCUUGCUCCCGUCAGCCGGCGGAGCUGUCUAUGAUGCACUGCUCGUACUGGGAUCACGACAGUAAACAUUCUGCAUUACACACACGGAUUGACAUUUAAAUUAUCUAGGGGAUCCACCCGAACACAAGACUCCUAAAAAAGAACGAAAGAAGUCAAAAUGCUUAUUUUCAAGAUAUUUUUAUCCUUUCAAUGGCUGUUUUAGUGCGUAGCCUCCUGGAAGGCAAUCUCGUUUUCGUCUCUCUGAGUGAUCAGGAGGAGCUAUACGUGCCGAGACAUUACAGUAUGUACUUAGACAAACUGGAAUUUUGAAGAAAAUGAGUGAACUGGAGGCAGGGACAUAGAAGUGCCCCUGUCUCCAAUGUGGGCAUUGUGUCUGUGGGCCACAAUGCGACAGUGGAUCGUGUGUUUGUAUGGUACAUCUGUACAAUUCGACCAUUUUCCUUAAGAAGGGAAUCACGAUUUGAAACACUAUUUAAAUGUCUGUCGGAUGCAAGCUGAAAUAUGCGUUUAUGCUGUGCAUAGAAGCCAAUGUCGCGGCCACACAACCUCCAAUUGCUGAUGAAUUCAAAAUGACUGUAAACAACUAAUUGUUGAGGACGUACUCUCAUGUAAAGAAAAUAUAACAUCGGGCAUUGGGCAGAAAAGGACAUGGUGAUAAAAUAAGAUCUUAGUCUCGAAAGCCAGUUUGUCUUAUUAGUGUUAUUACAUGGGGCGACUGAUUAUGUGAUGGAUUUACAGACACUGAGAAGUCAAAUUUGCCUGUGUACUUUGUUAGACCAAAGAUAUAUUGUUCCUUCAGGGGUCAUGUAUUUGUAGACUUCGUGACCUCUCAUAGAAAUCGUUAGUUUGCAAUAACAUCAUCAAGUGCCAGUUUUUAACUUUUCUUAUUUUAUAAACGCAAUUAUUUUGUCUCAUACACGUUGGGACCAUGUUAAAUUAGCACUUUCUUCUUUUUUAGUAUUGUGAAUUUCUUAAUAAACCUGUAUUUCUUUCAAAGUAA